AUACGAAAGUAAUUCUCUGACAUUUGAAAAUUACGCAUUUUCAUUCUAUCAUCUAUUUUUUUAUUUCUCGUAUAUAAAAAUUGAAAUUGAAAAUUAAGUAUAAAAAGAAAAAAAAGACAAAAGGAAAGAAUAAUAUAUACAUCAUCGAGAUAAAAUUGGAACGAUUAACUUGGACGCUUACGUUUAGUGACGUCACAGAAAAUCCUUCAAAAUAUUCGACAUCAUCCACCAACAAGGAUACCACCACCCCAUAGGAAAAGAAGGAAGAAGAAGAAGGAAGAAGAAGAUAUAUUUUUAAGUGAUCAUGUUGAAAAAAUUGUUGAGCAAAUCAGGGCGCAGAAUUUUACGGGCGAUCAAGAAGCUGUCAACGAGGAGUCGAAAAUUGAAAAGGUCGCAACAAUCCAAUGGUGGUGGUAAUGGUGGAAAUGGUUGGCAAUCAAGUAUAGGAGAUUUUGAUGCAGUAUCACUUUCCUUGUCUCUUCCAUCCCUGGAUGCGAAAAGUAUCGACACUUAUAUGACUUACGUCAUCGAGAACAUUGACGAUUGCGAAUCGAGAUGUUGUAAUUGCUGUGACGAGUACGAAGAAAAUCAGAGAAACGAGAACAUUGAAAACGAAAUGACGACGAUCUAACGUUCGUUAUAUUGUAAAAUAUAAUUAAUUUUAUUUCUUUUAUUAUUUAUACACUUUUUUCUUUAUCUAUCUUUUUCUAUUUCUCCGUUGUACAGAUAUUUUUUUAUUAUUUAUUACACGCGUUCCUAAUAUUGCUGGCAAUAAAAAAGAAAAAAUGUUUAUUUAAAAGAAAGAUAUGACGAAGCGCAUGUUGUGUUAGACCAAUGGAAAAUUUUUUACAUGAUGGUCUUCCGAAAUAGAUCUUUAAACAAAUCUCACUAUUAUUAUUAUUAUUAAUAUUAUUAUUAUUUUGAUCUCGUUUAAUUUAAUUGUAAUUAUCAUCGUCCACAAAAAUGUAUAAACUUAAGAUUAUUUGUAUUUCCGUCUCUGUGUGUGUAUUUCUAGCAUAAAUUUUUAGAAAAUAAGCUUCUACUGGAUUGAUUGAAUCUGUUUUAAUUUAAAAAAAAAAAAAAAAGAAAAUGUUUCUCUAGCAAACGAUACAAUCUUGUUGCUAUAUUAUUCGAUAUAAGUUCUUUUUUCUUUUUUUUUAUAGUGCAGCAAUACCAAAUAUAGUACAAACGCAUAUUGGAUAUAUGCCUAUGUGUGUGCAAGAAUAUAGUAUAGAAUAGAAUAGAAUAGAAAUAAAGUUAAUGUUCGUUUCUAGUUGGUUUGAGUCGAUUUCACGUCCAAGGUAACAUACUUGCAAUAUCAUAAAAUAUUACUUAUUUCAUCUAAUACUUUAAUCGAUAUAAAUGUUGGUAUGUGUACUUUAAUAAAUUCAAACAAUUAAUUAUUGUAAAUUAUAAAAAACAAAUGGGAUAAAUUAUAUGUGUAUACACAAAUUUAUGUUAAACGUUUCACUAAUAAGCAUACACACACACACACACAUAUACACAUAUAAACGCUAUCCGAACGAAUCUUUUUCGUCCAUUUAAUUAAAUAAUAUUCAACAUUAAUAAAAAAAAUAUAUAUAUA